AUGAGUAUCUCUCGCAAUUCAGAGUAUUUGAAUGUUCUGUUUGCCAGUGGUAUCACGGCCGACCGCAAUAUGAACGUUGACCGGGAUUCCGUCGACGAGACCGCCAAUAGAGAUGACGAUGGGGACAAGCAAGGGCUUCGCACCACUGAACGCGAUGUCCAAAGUAACCCGGAUGACCUGGAGCAGGCCAACUCGAAGGCUGCCUUCAAUUCGAAGAAAGCACUGUGGGCAUUCUUGGUCCUAUGCUAUUCGACUGGCCCAACAGCUUCCAUGGUCUCAAACUACGUGACGGCAGCAAUUCUCUCGGCAGCCAAUCUCUUGGGCCACCAGGCGGGAUCAGGCAAACCAUGCUCACGCCGCGGAACAAACAUCAGCUGUCUGGUGAAGUUUGGCGGAGGAGAGAUUGACUACAACAGCUAUACAUUGUACCUUCGAUCGAUCAGUAGAGCCACAGAGGGUGUUGUGUCGAUUCUCACUGCCGGCUUGGCAGACUAUGCUAACUAUCGCAAAACGAUGAUGAUGACAUCGAUCUUUCUGUUCGGAACGUUGGCUUUGCCUUUUGCAGGGCUCACGGGUAAAACCUACAGCCACCUGACCGCCCUAUCCGUCCUUUAUUGCUUCUUGACAACUGUCGGAGGGGUCUAUACGGUGAUUGAAGGGUCAUACAUCCCAAUCUUCAUGCGAUCCACAGGCUGGUUCCGUGAGUCCCGAGUGGCAGCAACCACUGGUGAGAGAACGACCUGGAAUAAAGGUGUCUCCAUCAGUGUUCUAGCAUUGGUGUCAAGCAACAUUGGCGGCUUGACCGCCCUGAUUAUUGGUAUAAUUCUUGUCUAUGGACGGGGAUCCUACGUGCAGGUUGGAUAUUUCAAUUACCUUCUAGCCAUUACAAUUGGUGGCUGUAUUACAAUCCUGUUUGCUCUACUCGGGCAAUAUCUCCUACCAUCUAUGCCCGGCAAAGAAUUCGAUCGCUCCAAAACCCGAUUCCCAUUGCUGGUUGCGUUCAGAAACUGGCUUAAACUGUUAAAAAGCGCAACCCGCUAUUCCGAAGCAUUCAAGUUUUGCAUAGGAUGGGUUAUGUGGAAUACCGGAUACUCCAACCACUUGCAACUAAUAGGCGCGCUGUUUCUGCAAGUCACUGGGUUCUCCCGAAGCUCCGGAGUAUACUCAGUCUGGUCAUUUACUAGCAUCAUCUUUGCCUGCAUAGGCAGUUUGAGCUUCAUGUACCUGUACCCGCGGCUUCGCUUGCCCGUGAAAUCGUAUGCCUACGGUUUCCUCAUGGUCAAUAUCCUCUGUGUGCUAUGGGGCUGCAUUGGAAUCAGCAACCAUGUCACAAUUGGUUACAAGCACCAGGCCGAGUUUUGGGUUGAGCAGGUCCUGUUCAUGUCCGCUAGCAGUGCCCUUCGAGCAUACAAUCGUGCCAUUUACUCUUCCAUGAUUCCAGAGAACUCUGAAGCCCAGUUCUUUGGUCUGGAGAUUACCUUGGAUCUCGCUACUGGAUGGAUCAAUCCCUUGGUAAUGGGUAUCAUCCAGGAUCGGACCCACAACCUACGAUUCCCAAUGAUUCCAAACCUUUUACUGAUGCUCGUUGGACUGGGACUUUACUCACAGGUGGACAUUUCCAAGGGUAUUGAACAGGCAAAGGUCGCUUUGAGUCAAUAG